UCCAAAGAUCUCUCGGUGGAAAAAGACUUUUUAUAGAAAUUCGGCCAACACCGCUACAGAAUGAGAUAGGUGAUUGUUAUUUUUCUAUCUUUUCGCCAAUGGUACUCCGUUUCGUGGUACCCCGUUGCGUGAGAACCUCUGUGUCUUCUCACGCGGUAAAAAAAAUCUUUAUUUUUGUACCAACAACUGGGUGGUAUAAAUAGCUGGACAUCGACAUUCAUGACGAUCAAAGAGCUUUCCAAGACGCUGGUGACCAUUUGCAUAGACCAGUAAUGUUAUCUUUAAAGUGGACGUGUGCGGUACUAACUUUAUCUGUGAUCGUUGGGGUUGCCUUAACCAAGAAGAAAAAUUCCUCUCCCAGCCCUAGCACUGGCUCUAGUAGUUCCAGCAGCAGUAGCAGCACCACUACACGAAAACCUCCAAUUACCGUUAUCGAUGACCUCGACGACCUGCUAGUGCAGGCGACAGGCUGGAAUGGAGGUGGGGGAGGAGGAGGAGGAGGUGGCGGAUGGCCAAGCGGAAAUGGUGGCUCUAAAGCUGGUAAUGGUAACGGUGGGUCCCUCCAAGUCCAGGCUAUUCCUGUUCAGAUCAGUGUCAUGCCACAAAUGAUGAACGGGGGUGGAAAAGGUGGCGGAGGUGGAUGGCCUAGUGGAAACGGAGGCGGAGGUGGAUGGCCUAGUGGAGGUAAUGGAGGAGGCAAAGGAGGAGGUGGCUGGUCGAUGGGAGGAGGAGGAGCCGCAAAAGGAGACAGUCAACAGAUGGCUCUAGCUCUGCUUGCAGUACCUAUCAAAAUCCAACAACCAGCUCCCAGUAGUGGCGGCAAAGGCGGCAAAGGAGGGGGAGGGGGAAAUGGUGGGGGCGGCUGGUGGUAAUCAUUAAGAGGUGUGAAAAUCUGGUUUUGAAAAGCGGGAAAAUUAAUGAAUUGAUCCCGAUGAAAGUGUGACGAAAGAAAUUGUAUCAUAAUACAUAUGGAUUAUAAAAAUAUCUAAAGAUUGUGAACUAUACGAACUCUUUUAAAAGCAUUUACUGCAUUUGAAAAGUGUAGUAUCAAUACAUGUUAGGGAAUGAUGUUGAGCGUGUUGAAGUUAAAACAUAAACUUCGGUAAAAGAAUAUGGAUAACUAAAGCGUGGAAAAUUUUUAUAUUAUAUCAGUGCUGAAUAAUAAAAAAAUGGCUUAUGAUGAUGAAUGCAUAGUGAUACAGUCAUGCUAUAUGAAAUUCCUUUCCGAAUGUGUCGUGAAGAAAUAGAAAUAAAUGUAUGAUGUCCUAAAAUUGUCCAAGACACAUUUUGUUUUAAUAUCAUACAUAUUUAUUAAGUAUCCUUAUUAAAAUCUGCCCUAAAUUCGAUUAAAAGAAGUAUAGGAACAUACAUAAAGUAAGAAACAACACAAUACAUGUAUAAGUACUAUUUUGCAAUAUUGAUAAUAAACUCAUUAUAAAAC